UGACGUCACCAAGCAGCGCCACUUCCGGGAUCGCCCAGCGUUGACUCCGCGGUUCUGGCCUGGGAAUUGGGCUUCCCUCGACAUGGCGGACAUGGAGGAGCUCUUCGGGAGCGACGCCGACACGGAACCGGAGCAAAAAGACUCUGAUUCUGGAUCUGACUCAGAUUCGGACCGGGAGAACACCGGCUCUGUUAGCAACGUUUCCGGCAGCGAGAGCGACAGAGAGGACGAUGCGUUAAAACCCAGCAACAAAGAGUUAUUCGGGGAAGACAGCGAGGACGAGGGUGUUUCUCACCACAGCGGCAGCGACAACCAGUCUGAACGAUCCUACAAUCCUUCUGAAGCCUCGGCGCACUCCGAACACGAGGACAACGAGGACCAGUCGGACAUUGAGCAGCACAGCGGCUCAGAACCUCCGCACGACGAGGAAGACGAGGAGGACCGCAGAUCGGAUGAUGGUAGCCAUCGCUCCGAGGCUGAAGGGUCCGAGAAAGUCCAUUCGGAGGACGAGAAAUGGGAUAGAGAGGAUAAAAGUGAUCAGUCCGACGAGGACGAGAAGCUCCAGAAUUCAGACGACGAGGAGCAGAUUCAGCAUUCCGACGACGAAGAGAAAAACUCGGACGAUGAGGAGAGGGCACAGAUCUCUGACAGCAAGGAGAGGCUGGACCAGUCCGAUGAUGACGAGGAGAGACCCCAGGUUUCUGACGAGGAGAAGCUUCAGAACUCGGAGGAUGAGGAAAGGCCGCGGAAUUCCGAUGAAGAAAACAUGCAGAACUCGGAGGACGAGGAGGAACGGGUGGCACGCUCGGAAGAGGAGAAGCUUCCGAAUUCGGACGACGAGAGGCCUCAACAUUCAGACGAUGAAGAGCGCCAUUUGUCCGAGGAUGAGGAGGAGGAACGCGAGCACAAAUCAGAAUCAGCAAGAGGCAGCGACAGUGAGGAUGAUAUUCCCCAAGCAAGAAGCAAGAAGCAAAUUAUAUCUGAUUCCGAAAUGGAAAGCGAUACGGAAGGACAAAAAAAUAACAGAGACGCAAUGGAUUUGUUUGGAGGAGCAGACGAUAUCUCUUCAGGAAGUGAUGGAGAAGACAAACCACCAACGCCGGGGCAGCCUAUUGAUGAGAACGGUUUGAAUGAAGGGCAGCCGGAAGACGAGGCUAUCCCUGAAACACGCAUAGAAGUGGAAAUCCCCAAAGUCAACACGGAUCUGGGAAACGACCUGUAUUUUGUAAAGCUUCCCAACUUCCUCAGUGUGGAACCCAGGCCUUUUGAUCCUCAGUAUUACGAGGAUGAAUUUGAAGACGAGGAGAUGCUUGAUGAAGAAGGCAGGACAAGAUUAAAACUGAAGGUAGAGAACACAAUACGUUGGCGAACUCGCCGAGAUGACGAAGGAAACGAGAUUCGAGAAAGUAACGCACGGAUUGUCAAGUGGUCUGACGGGAGCAUGUCCUUACAUUUGGGGAAUGAAGUCUUCGAUGUGUACAAAGCACCCCUGCAGGGAGACCACAACCAUCUCUUCAUCAGACAAGGAACUGGGCUUCAGGGACAGGCCGUCUUCAAGACAAAGUUGACCUUCCGGCCACAUUCGACAGACAGCGCCACACACAGAAAGAUGACCCUCUCCUUGGCAGACAGAUGUUCAAAAACGCAGAAAAUCCGUAUUCUGCCAAUGGCUGGUCGUGAUCCAGAGUCCCAACGCACAGAAAUGAUUAAGAAAGAGGAGGAACGGCUGCGAGCGUCUAUUCGUAGGGAAUCCCAGCAGAGAAGGAUGCGCGAGAAACAACACCAACGGGGUCUGAGUGCCAGUUACUUGGAGCCCGACCGCUACGACGAGGAAGAAGAAGGAGAAGAGGCCAUCAGCCUGGCCGCCAUCAAGAACAGAUACAAAGGCGGGAUACGAGAGGAGCGUGCUCGGAUUUAUUCAUCAGACAGCGAUGACGGCUCGGAUGAGGAGAAAACACAGAGGUUGCUCAAAGCGAAGAAACUCAACAGUGAUGAGGAGGGUGAGCCUUCCGGUAAGAGAAAAGCUGAAGAUGACGAAAAGGCCAGCAAGAAACAGAAGAAAUAUGUGAUCAGCGAUGAGGAAGAUGAAGAUGAGGAGAUGUAAUAGGCAUGGACUUUGAACAUUGGUGAUAGGGUGGUUUUUUAAAAAAAAAAAAAUAGAGACUAUAUUGUUCUUUUCCAACCAUGAUGUAAGUAGAUUCCAUGAAGAUUGGGGUGGGGGCGACAUUUGUAUUAAUGAUAUUAAUGUGAAUAAAACUUUUUGUGGGA